AUGUGCUUGGAGAAAAUUACUGCUUUCAUCUCCGCAAGGAAUAGUCAACAAUGUGCCGUUUCACGAAGAAAUGUUCUGCUGUACAAACCAACGUCUCAAAGCUCAAGCUACUACGAAGUAGAAAAUAAUCUCUGGUACAAUAGUUCCUUGGCUGUGGAUGGCGAUAGAGAUCCAAAUGCUUUUAACGGCUAUUGUUUUAUAGCCGACAAUGUUGAACCUCUUUCUGAUUUUUUGGUUGCUGUCGAUAUGAUCAUUUCGUACAAGGUCGAUUACGUUCUACUUUGGACUAGAGACAGUUAUGCAGAUUGUUCGAACAACUUCAUUGUUGGGUUGACAAACGUCAACUACUUCAACCAGCCCAGUAACCAGGCUAUCAGAGGUCGUUAUCCUAUCUGUGGUGUAUAUCCUUACCCUAUUCAAACCAGCGCUAGCCAUUGGGUGAACUGCAGCUCCAGCCUGCCUGCUUCCAGAUACGUCAUCGCUCAGCAAAGCUUGUCGGCUCUUAAAGGUUUUUGUGUUUGUGAAUUGGAGGUUUUCACGACUGAAGAAGUUUCAACGAAUUUGAUGAAGCGAAGGAGUGGAUUGAAACUGAAUGGGCUCGUUACGAGUUCGUUGGUUUUCAAAUAUGUUCAGCAAUGUUUGAUGGCGUGCCAGCAACUCAAUGGGUGCCUCUCAGUCAACUUUGGAGUUGAUUCGCGUCUCUGUGAUCUCAACGCUGGAAGUGUUCACGAUGCCUCCAGCAUAGAAGUCAACCAAUCUUAUGACUACUGGGAGAUCGUGUGA